AUGAUUUAGAAUGAAAUGGUAGCGAAUAUUGUCGUAUGGGUGCUGCUGCUGGUGUUAUGUAUAUUUCUGCAGGAUUUUUCGCAAGCAGCAUUGGAUUGUAACGAGACAGAAUGUGGCCCUCGAGUGAGUAAAUGUAUGUUACUGAAAGCUUGUAACUGUUCCAUCAAUCGUGACAGUAUUUUGCAUAACAACUGCUCUUGCUGCAAUGAAUGCAUUCAGUGCCUUGAUAAGCAAUACAUGCAAUGCUGCGCUUGUGUCGGACUUUGUAAUCCACACAAGGAGGCAUUGCACCUGAACAGUUAUGUUGAUCGAUUCGAUCAGGAUGAUGAAGAUAUCAUUGUUUUCGACAAAGUCGCACUAGUGAAUAAGGUUGGCACAACUUACACAUUCUCAGCCUUACGCGAAUACUCAUUUGAUCGCAGAGGUCAAAAUAUGAAAGUGCUGGAGAAGACUCACCGAGAAACGAAUUGCACGGUAGUUUAUCUUGACAAAUGUAUGUCGCAUAAGCAAUGCAGUCGACAGUGUUUGAUUCUUGGUGCAUCGAUGCUGCGGUGGUUUCAUACAGGUUGUUGCGAAUGUAUCGGACACACAUGUCUUCCAUACGGUUCAACAACGGCACGGUGUAAAUAUUGCAUUGAUUUUGAUAACUCCCUUAUAUUUUCGAGACAGACUGAGCUCUAACUUUCCCAACAACAACAGCGCUAACCUGUAAUGAAUAGCUUUUGCCUUAAAGAAUGAAAGCAGUGACUCAUCCGAUCUUUAGCUGCGAAGCAUCGUUUAAACCAGGAGUUACGUGGUAUGUAUGGGACACAGUUUAGGUAAGGGGAUUGUUGUUUCGAAUAUGCCACUUAAUUUUAUGUGUCGUCGAAUGAAUAAUGUGUAAUUAAAAAACCAUAUUAAGUAAGCUAGUAAUAUGAGCUACCUAAUGUGAAUGUUUAUGCUUUUGUUAGCGAUCUGUAAUAAAUAUAAUUUAAAGUUCGUUGUUCGGUCCUUUGUUUUCCAUUAUUUUUUAAAUGUUGUACAAUGAAAUACUAAUUUCAAAAUGCAGUGAUAAAUCGAGUUUAUGUAAAAAGGGAC